GUUCAUAUAGUCCGUUUGUUGCAGUAUCAUGAGUUUGAGUGACUACGAUUAUCUACCCAAGGUCAUGGAGAAAACAGCGCGUUUUGAGCCUGACAAAUCAGAUGUUAUCAGUUUAGGAACGCCCAAAUCAUUGAAGCUUACCAAAGAGAAUCAUGACGAAGAAGAAGGGCAAUGUUCAUUCGAGGAGACUUGCUUUACGGAUGAGCACGAAAAGCUUUUGUCGACUGAUCAUUUGAGUCAAUGCGUGGUUUCAUCGGAAACGCUUUCAUUGGGGAUUUUGAAAAAGAGCUCUUCAAAAGACUGGGAUGCUAAGUACUCCAAAAAUUUGACUAUGAACUCGACGAUUUCUCGAAACCUCGAAAGCAAUUACGUGAGGACGCCUCUACCAAAUAGUUCAACAGCAUUCCUCAAACCUGAGGAGAAAAGUCAGUUCAUACGAGACACGCUGGACAGUGCCGCUUUAAGGUCCGCACAGAGUGUUCCACAAGAGAGGCUACAAAGAAAUAAUGAUCCUCCACCGAGGAGAAAUGUGGGGGCCGUGAUACCACUCAAGGGUCUGGAUAGAAAUGAUACUAAUAUCGGGUGCAUCGGUGAGAUGCUGGUCUUUCUGUCCUACCUCCUGAUAGUUUGCUUUUUUCCUAUCGCUAUACUCUUUUGCUUAAAGGUGAUCCCAGAGUACGAGCGAGCAGUAAUCUUCAGACUGGGUCGGAUAACCAGAGGCGGAGCCUGGGGACCAGGUCUGUGUUUCUAUGUACCGUGUCUAGAUGAGAUGACAGUGGUGGACAUGAGGACCCUCUCCUUUGUAGUUCCUCCCCAGGAAGCUCUGACACGUGACUCAGUGACGGUAUCAGUUGAUGCAGCCGUCUACUUCCGGAUCAACUGCCCAGUAGCUAGCGUGUGUAACGUGGAAGAUGUGGAGAAGAGCACCCGACUUCUCGCGCAGACAACACUCCGCAAUAUCAUGGGAACUAGAUCUCUGAACGAGCUGCUGAUGGAACGAGAGGAGAUAUCUAAUAGCAUGCACCACACCCUGGAUAUAGCUACUGAGCCCUGGGGCGUGGUGGUGGAGAGGGUCGAGAUAAAGGAUGUCCGGUUACCCGUCAACCUUCAACGAUCAAUGGCAGCUGAGGCAGAGGCAACCAGAGAGGCCAGAGCAAAGGAGAUUGCAGCGGAGGGAGAGAAGAAUUCGGCAGGGGCGCUAAAAGUGGCAGCUGACACCAUGAUGCACUCUCCUUAUGCCAUUCAGCUGAGGUACCUUCAAACAGUAACAAACAUUGCGAGUGGAAGCGGGCAUAAUUCGACGAUCUUGUUUCCAAUUCCGAUGGAACUGUUGAAUUUGAAACAGGCCAUGCAGCAGCUCCAACCAAUUUAUCAGAACGUGAAACAGGGAGAAAGUACAUGAUUCAAGAGACGGUUACCCACCGAAUAAACUUAAUGAGUAUUAAUGCUUUUCAUACAAAAUUACAACGAAUUCUUCAUGUUAUGCAUCCUGGAUUUGGACAGGAUAUGACCCGUUUAAAAUAUUUCCAUCACGUUACAUUAUAUAAUACUAACCUUCUUUUGUAAGUUUUUCUUUGAUUGUUUUGCAGGUGUUGAGAGUACCCUCUAGACAAUGUCUGAUCUGUGCUACUAGCUGACUAUCGUAAAUCUUUGCAAAUCUGUAGAAGUUCUGAGUAUUAAAGUAGAAUUGAUCUUUUACGAUUUUAAUUCAUAUAACUGAUAACGAUAGAAGUAAGAUUAUUAAAGCCAUGUUGUUAGAAUUUAUAUGGUAAUCUAAAAGUUACCUUGCCAUAUUCCAACUUAGAUGAUUCAUUGG